CAUCAACCUCCGAGCUAACGGUCUCCGGUUAGAUGUUCAUUCAACACUAAGAGAGAGACGGAGAGAGAGACAGCAGUGUGAUUUUAGCAAAGAUGUCGGAGAAAAUUAACUUGUAUGAGUUACUAAACUCAUCUAUCCAGCCUCCUCGGGGGACUGAGGUUAACUUCUCCAGUUUACAUGCCCUACUCAGAGCCAUACUGGAGCAGCUGGAUAACCUGCGGGACACCCUCAUCCAGACGGAGGAGGAGGAGGAGGACGGCGUGUCCGAGGUGAGAGAAAUGACCUUUUAUUGAUGUGUUGUUAAUUUAGAGAAAAGAAGCAUCACUUUUUCUUUGGCUCAGUUAUUCUGUGGUGAGAUUUUAUGAAUUAUCUUGUGCUGGACCUCGAUAAAUAGCUUAGUCAUUUUUCAUUUAAAAAUAGACCGUUGCACUCAGUUUUAGCCACUUCCAUAGAAACGGUUUUCUCUGUAGCCUCCCGACAGUUAGAUAACUGAGCUAAUAUUACCCACAUUAUCUCCACCCAUGUUAAAGUAAAGUAAGUAAGAUUUUUCCCAGAAUAUAACAACUUAAUUAUUUUUUUAUUUUUAAUUUUUUCGGUCAGUUAUUACAGUUUGUGAAGUUUUGGCCAAUCACAGCCAAGUAUUUCUCAUGUAUUUGUAAUUUGUAAUUGUUGACCCGCAUUGUUCUUUGGAUGUUUGACAGCAGGUGUCAGGAAAUGAAGCAUUGUCAGCCUCAGAGAUUAAAGUAAGUAUAUCUCAUAAGUAGUUUCACAGCAACCUCAAAAAGAAACUGCAAAGAUAUAAUCAACACAUUUUAUUUUUCUUACAAAACUGUAACUGGCAGACUUGAUGGGCUAUGUAUUUUUAACAAUAAGCCUUUGUGAAGGGACUGGUUUUCAACAUUUAGUUUAUGUUGCCUCGAUGCCAACCUCCCAUGCAGGCCGGUGGCGUCAUUGUCCUACCGUGACAAAACCUACCGUAACACCUGUGAUUGAUGCUGAUGAGUAAAAAACAGUUGGAGCAGGACAACAUGUCUCACAGCACAAUGUUAGCUCUGUAUUGUAACUCCCCAGUUGGGUGUUUCUGUAAAUAUCAAAUAACCUUUUUUAAGACUGAAAAACCUCUGAGUCUGAGUCUGAGCCAGCAGCUCUUUUCUUCUUCUGCGUCUUCUCUGGCGGGCAGCAGCAAACAUUUCAGCAUGGAAUUAAGCUGCUGAUGACAGAGCAAAGGACAAUGGGAGACGGGCACCACCCUGACAUCUCAGAUGGCCUCUGCGUGCCUCUGUUCAGGUUUCUGCUUCCAUCAGUGGGGUGAAAAGAGGUGAAGAGGGUUUUGUUCUUUCCUUUGUCAGAAAAAAAAUAAUUCUGACAAAGGAAAGAGAUUAAUCAAGAAAAAGUGUUCAAGGGAAUAUUCUUCUAUUCUAGGACAUAUUUUUCAUAUCUUGCUCUUGAUCUUGUCCACUCUCUCCUGCUCCCUCAGUUUAUGUGAUAGGGGGUAAUUAGUCCCCUGCAGUGAUGACUCUGGUUGUCAGGGGAUGAAUAGCUCUCAGGUUGAAAACAGGAUGCUGGGCAGGUGCAGGCGAUGCUGCGCUUGAAUCAUUCAUAUCCUAUCUGGGCAUCAUUCAGGUCAGCUGUCAUAUCUGAGGAGGUGACCUGCUGUGCCCUCGUCGACCUGUGUCUUCCCUCUGAUAGCUAAAGAGCUCAGCUACACGUGGGUAUACACCACAUGUCAUUGUUUGGGGUCAGUAUACAUAUCAUGAUUCACCUAUUGGGCUGAGAGGAACUGCUUUUACAGAACACACAUUUUCAUUUGGAUUAACCCUUCAUUUCCUGAUCUGGGUUGGGUAUUUGAAAAAGAGUGUCACAAGUAUAGAGCAACAAAAUUUGCUUUCCAGUUUGACCCUUCCAAGAAAAACAUAAAAGACUGUCACAUACAGGGGGCACAGGAGCGGGAAGAACUGACAGAUCGCCACAGGGGUGGCGCUCCAUUUUCUUAGCUGGGAAAAAAGGAGGACAAGAGGGAAGAGGAGGGAGAAAAAGGCAACUCCAAACUUUCUCCCUUAAGGGGGGCAUAGUGUGGGAUCAGUAUAAAAAACCUCAGCACAUAAGCAACAUGAGACAUUACAACAAAAGUACACAAGAACUUGCACAUGUGGGAGAGGGGCUGGUGUCGGGGAGGGAGGGUGUCGUAGCUCAGACUCAGACUCCGCCUCAAUCCACACUCCAAUGUAUUCUAUCAUGCAUUUUGUUGUUGGUUCAUAAGUACUUUAAAAAUUCUUCAUUAAAAAAGGACUAUCACUCCAACUGAUUUAUUAAUUACCCAAGAAAAUUAAAGAUAUUUUGUAUAAUUAUCAAAUGUUAUAGAUAUGCAAAAAUAAUUAUUUCUAGCAGCCCUCAUAUCAUGUGAACCCUCUUUGUGACCAGCAGUUAGUCAUUCAGUACGUCAGUGAGUGAAGCUCUGUGGGGUCGCUCUUCAUCCGUUCAUGUCCUGGCACGUUUGACACAGGUUAAAUAUCAACUCAUCUACAGCUCUGGAAUGUCAUUAGUUUUAAUCUGUCUCUUUCUCAAACACAAAAUGAUAAUUGAAAAAAUGAAAUGGAGCGGUUUACUCUGCCAGUGAGGUGUGACUUCCGAUUGCUUGAUUUCACAGAAUGGCUGCAUCUGAGCCUUAAGAUUCACCACUUGUGUGACUCAAUAAUGUACAACCUGUCUCUGCUUCCAAACAGGAGCUUCCAAGUUCAGGGCUCACAGAUCCAGCCAAACCCUCACACACAUCAACAGCUCCUGGUUCCCCACCCAACUCUGGAGAAAAUCUUAAGGAGGAGUCAGACGUCCGGUCAGCCACUGAGGACACGUCAGGACCCCAGCAACAGAGUCAGCCGAGAAGAGACCAAACACCUGUUGGUCUUCCUAUGUCCCAAAAUGCAGAGACAAUCUCCCGGAGGAGCUUUAGUAAACUGAUGGAAAGGGUCAACAAAAUUGAAGCUCUUGUCGUUUUGCUAAUGGAGGAAAAAGUGGACCAAUCACAAUUGAAAGACCUCAGAGAGCUUAUCAACAAGAAAGGUUAUAUGCUUGUUCAAGUCAACAUUUAGCUGCUGGUUAAGAAUUCAGACCAGAGAUGAAACUUUGAACUAAUUUUCACCGUUCAUAAAAAUUUUUUGCUUCUCAGACUAUAGCUUUUGAUAAGGGUAAAAACAAACAUUACUCAUGAUAUUUAACUUAUUUCAGAUAGAGUCUGAGUUUUCCCCUGUCUCACAGUAAUUGUUUGAUCUCCAAUUGUCUAUUUGGUUUCAGCUGAUGCAUCAAAAGAUCAGUCAGAUCAGCUGAACCAGCGAGGAGCUCUGACAGACUUUCUGAUGAGUGACUGGAAAGAGGUGGGUGAGAAAACUGAAAAACUAUCCCUCAUUGUUAACCUGAAUUUAGCAGCAACACUGACUCCACAGUCUAGUUCUGACGUUAUUACAUGUCUUUCCAAAGCUGGAAGCUUUGGAGGAGAUAAUUAUGAACCCAGCUAGCACAGAGACAGCUUCAGGGAGUGUGGAUCCAGAUGGAAAAGUCUAUUGUGAGCUCAAACAGAAAAUGUCCUUCGUCAGGUAAAUAGAGAGAGUAUUAUUUGAGUUAUAUAUUAGUAAGAUAUUAGUUUUUUCCACAUUCACUUGUGUAGCUUUUAGCCUUAUCCUGUUGUAAUUGUUGUGAUCACAGUUGAUGUUUUGAUUUUUUGGUGCGUAGAAGGUUUUUGCAGAAGCUGGAAGACAACAUGAAGCAGCUGGAGCCUGAUCAGGUUUUAACUGAGGAGAGCACAGCAGACGAAAACCUUCAGGAUCAGGUCAGACAGGGAGACAUGUUUGUGAGGGUCAGGCAGCACACCAGGGUUAACAGGAAUCAUUUAAAGGAAGGUGGUAUUUUCUAAACUCUCAGUUUGUGUCCAGGGCUCUGUAAGCUUUAGAGGCUAAAAAGUUUGGGAAUUCAUUUUUUCUCUUCUUGCAUGGCGGUAUGAUGGACAGUAAGAUCCAGUGUGAAGGGGGUUAAUUCACAGUCACUGGAGCUACAUAUAGCAGGCUCUUUAUCCAACACAGUUGAACACAGCCGUGCAUCAAGGAAAUUUAAAAAACCUACGUCUCAAAAAGACCUGUUAACUGUCUCCAUAUUGUUUAGCAUGUUUCAGAACAAACUCUCAAGGAUGAGAUGUCCACCCACCCAGCCACCAUGCCUCCUUCAGCCCCCUCAGGACCCCAACAACAGAGUUGUCCCAAAAUAGGCCAGAUCCCCACCAGUGGGCCCGUGUCCACAAACGCCAGCGUCUCAGAGAGCUGCACAGAGAUGGCAGUGUCCCAGAGGAGCUUCAGCAAACUGAUGGAGAGGUUUGAUAAACUGGAAGCACUUGUUGCAUCACUAAAAGAAGCUAAGGUGGAUCAGUCGCAGAUGAAACACCUCCAAGAGCUCAUCAACAAGAAAGGUAACCUCAGAUGAAGCAGGCGGAGUUUAAGCUCAAACAUGAGAGUAAUGUUUUAUGCCACAAAAAGCAGAGAAAACAUUACACAGCGUAAUUAUUCAGUAUCAGACAAUUGUUUACCUUAAAGCUCCUGUAAGAAACUUUCAUUUUUUGUUGAAUUUGGUGCCCCCUGUGGACAAAACAGUCUUUGCUUCUCUUGUCUUCUACACUGUUGGUUGUGUCUUCUGACAAUUAAUCUAAUAAUGCUGUUUUUUGAAAAGGAAAACAUGGCGCUUACAGUCAAUAUUUCAAGUUAAAAUUGUAAAAACAAGACUUGAUUAAAAUCUCCUGCUUUGAUUUGGUUUCAGGCAUUAAAAAAUGCAGCACAAAAAUCAUCAGUCUUGUCAAAGAUGAUUUUCUUUUCUUUUGUAUGUCAUGGAAAAAGACAUUGAUGUAAUUUUCAGUCUAUUUCAAAAACAUCAAAAAACUCCUCACAGGUGCUUUAAUUCAUGUGAGCUGGAUCAGGGCAUUUUCUAAAAUAGUACUCAUUGCUUUAUUUUUUAGGAGAUUAAAGGUUCUUACACACCGGGAAAUUUACAACGCAAAAUUACGAAAUAUUCGGGGGCAAAUUUUGACGCGCCUGACUGUACACAUUAAGCCCGAUGCGAUUGUGAUUCUCUGACAUGAAAACAAUCAGCCGGUCGGCCAUGUUGGAUAUACCGGUGAAUCAGACGUCGCAACAACACUCAAUCUGAUUGGUCAGAAGUGGACACACAGUUUGCAAAACUUAAGAAAAAUCGACCGUGAUCUGAAAAAAUAAAUGCCACAAUUUCGCAGGACGGUUAAACGUCGCUGAUGUGAAUGCUUGUAUUGACAGGAUACGGGAUAAAAAAAAAUAUUGACGUCCGAAAUAAUCGCACGUGAAAAAACAGCCCCGGCAGUCCUGGUGUGAAAGGACCUUAAUCCUAAAUAUUUGCUUUGUGGGUUUGAUGUUGUUGAUUUGGUUUCAGUGGAUGUAUCAGAAAGCCUGUCAGACCAGCUGAAGAAGCAGGAAGCUCUGAUAGACCAUCUGAUGAGUGAUCAUGAAAAGGUGGGUGAGGUGCGAAAAAGUUCCUGUAACAGGCAGAAAAAUCUGUCCAGAAAGGAACCCUUUAUUCUUAAACUUCAGCACCAACGCUGACUACCUACUGUGACAGUCUAGUUCUGGUGUUGUUAUGUGUCUUUCCAAAGCUGGAAUCUUUGGAGGAGAUGAUUAUAAACCCAGCUAGAACAGAGACAGCUUCAGGGAGUGUGGAUCCAGAUGGAAAAGUCUAUCGUGAGCUAAAAGGGCAGAUAUCCUACAUCAGGUAACAAAGAGGAGUUAUAAUAUUUAUCAAUUAAAACAGUUAAAACUACAGUAAGUUGGAAAGGUGGCUGUUUACAUUACAUCCAUGUGGAGGGUAAAACAUCAAAAGACUAUUCUUAAGGUUAUUUAUAUUAAGUCUAAUAAUUUUAGCUCUUCUUAGAUGUUUGAAAUAAAGUGUAGUAAAAUACAAUUCCUUUAUGUCUUAGCUUCACGAGUACAACAUGUCGGUGCCUAUCAAGGUGGUCUUUUGGCUUCACAUUAAGGCUGGGCGAUAUGGCCUCAAGUCAAUAUCACGAUAUAUUUAGCAGUUCACCUUGACAACGAUAAAUGGAUGAUAACUACUCCACCAGCUGCUCACCCCCUCCCAUAUUAACUUCAUCUACUUCAGCCACCGCUCCAGCCACUACAACUUUUUAACCGUCCUCCACCGCCUCACCUGUCUUUCCCUCUUUGUUACGGACUUAAAGCGACAUGAGACCAUAACCCAACCACACACAUUCAAAACCAACUUUUAUUUAUUUAUUUUUUUGACACCAAAUAAACAAGGGAAAAAAUGACAUCAGUUAUUGUCAUAAAUUUCAGUAUCAGUAAAUUUUUGGUUUAUCGCCCAGCCCUAUUUCACAUAUCACAAUGGGCAGAAAUGAAGUAAUGUGUCCAUGCAAUAUACACUAAAUAGUUGUCUCCAUACACUUGAACUUUGAUGAUGUAGUUGAGGAGGUUUAAAUAUAUGUUUUUACUUAUUUAAGUUGAAAAUAUUGAGCCUUUCCAUACUUUUUGCGUAGCUUUAGACUUCACUUGUGAGUGUUGAGAUCAGUUCAGAUGUUGGUCUGUCCUUUAUGUUCAUGGUAUGCAGGAAGUUCCUGCAGAAGCUGGAGGCCGACAUAAAGCAGCUGAAGGUUAAACAGGCUUUAACAGAGGAGAGCAUGGCAGACCAACAGCGUCAGGAUCAGGUCAGACAGGGAGACAUGUCACUGAGGGUCAGGAGGCACACCAGGGGCUAACAGAUAUUAUUAAAAUGAUUUAAUCUGCACAACACAUGAAGAAGUCUUCUGUUCCACAGAAUCUCUGAAGUUCAACAUAAAACUGUCUCCCACUUUUCUGUCUCUGCACUCAGGAUGCAGAGCUGGUGAACAGCCUGCAGAGGGCGAUCCUUCAGCUUCAAGCAGAGUGUGAAAAACUGCAAGAGACCACCAGGAGUCUGCAAGAGGACAACAGCCGGAGACUGAAGGAUAUCCAGGUUCAAACACAAACACACUCAAUCUCCAGCAUGUUUGUCACUCUCUGAAUGACGACUACACAUUCUUGAUCCUAGACAGCUCAAUCCUGUCAGUUUUUUACAACUAUCCUCCCCUCAAAUCAGCUGUUUUUAUCAUUCUUUUGUUUUGGUUUUGUUUCUUCUUUUUGUGCAGGAGCUGUUCAAGACAACAGAGGAGCUGCAGGAGAACAAAGCUGACAAGCUUUUGGUUGAGAGUGCAACUGUGAGUGGGUUUAUUUUAUAUUUAUGAAUGUAUGCAGAGGAUUAUCAGUCUUUACUGAUGACUUACAGACAGAAUCAAUGAGUGUUAAGAUAUAAGACAGCCAUAGAAGGUGCUUAUGUACGGUGGUUGCUAUGAUUAUUAAAAGACAGAUGAUUCUCAAAGUUCUCUCCAUUUCUGCAGAAAACUGAUCAAUUGGCUCUGGACGGCAAAGUGAGCCGUGUGCAGUUUGACUCUGUGACAGAGGAGCUCAACACGCUCUUCCAAGAGCUGCUGAACAAGGUGACGGGCCAGGAGCAGAAAUGGCACCAAGUCAUCAGCAGACUGUCUUCUGAGAUGGCGUGUAAGGUAAAUGUCGGAGCGUUUAGGAAACAGGUUGAUCUGCGGUUAUUUUAGACACAAUAUCUAACUUGUAAUCUGGCUUUAGCUGAACCGGAUGGAGUUUGAUCCGGUGAAGAAGCAGCUGGAGGACCGCUGGGAGAAAAUCCACAAGAAGCUGCAGAAUCAAGAAGCUCCAGAGUGUGACGAUGCCGCUGCUCUAAAAACGUAGGUAUUGACACCUCACUCACUCAUUGACAGUAGAGCUGAACUGGCACUGUUAGACUUAUUAUAGGAUUAUAUUAUCUAAUUUCUUAUCUAUCUAUCAUAUCUUAUCUAUUAUCUAUCAGUUUCCUGUGAGGGCGAAUUACUGUAUGUUUCUUUGUGCUUAUCUUUGGACCCCUUGUGGAAAGAUUUCGCUGCCUGUCCUGUGACCGACGUGUCACCAAGAACUUCCUGGGACCGUGAGUCUGCUCUCAGUCACUGUUUAUCACACAGAUAGUCACAGUUUCAAUGAGUUAUGCUGCAUUCCAGUUACCCUGGAAGUUGGAUGUUGGAGCCAAGUUGACGGCAUUCCAGUUCACAAGUCGGAAAACCAAGAUGGAUGCCUACAGUUAACCAUUGUUGGCUGUUGUUAGCUAUACCAGUUGUAAACAACGCAUAAGACAGUAUUUUACUCGUACAAACACCAUAGCACUGUGUUUACAGUUGGGCAGUACAUCAUAUACCACUUAUUAAAUUUAAAAAACAAAAAAACAAAAGUGCCAAUAAAAUAAUACAUUAAGAGAGCUUUCACUGUUACUCUCAUGCACUGCGCUGCCAUCUUGGAUUAUGACGUUGUCGUCAAGUCGGGGUUGGUUAGGAUCGUCCGACUUUCUGAGUCGAUCAUCCAACUUCAGGGGGGUGUUCCAGAUGAAUUUCCGACUCAGAGCUUGGAAAUUCUGACUUCCGGUCAAACUGGAACGCAGCAUUAACUGAGAAUGUUUCCCAGGUAAAUGAUAUUUGCUGUUUGUCAACCCCCCUUGUUUUUGAAUCUAAUCUGCUCUUGGGUGUUUGUGUUGGGCUCUUUGUGGGAAUCAAAGGAAUUUGAUGGAGCUGCCGAUCUCUUCUGGUGAACCUUCCAAUAAGGGAGACUGGCAAUUUACAUUGAACCCUCAGAAGACGUUUCAACAGCACAACAGAAGGUGAGAUCAGCAGUUUAUCUUCUGACUGAAUCUACUCUGUUCUCUGUUCACCAGCAGGGGGCAUAAAACAACUGAAAGAAAUCCAUUACAGGCCAAACAAACAGGAGAACAGGCAACAGGCAGAGUUUCUUUGGAAGGAAUAAUGUCAUGUUAGUCUUUGAAUUUCAGAGCAUCAGUUAGUUUGUUCUCAGAUUAGAGUCUGGGAUUGGAAUUUGAGUAUUUUUGGCUGGAUUCAUUGCAUGAGCUCUUCAUAGACAGAUGUUCAUAGACACAGACUUUUAUUUCCUGGGCCAAUGCAAUAGAAGGACAUUUUUGUCAUGAAUCGUGUUGAUACUUAACCAUGUUAAGUAUCAAAUACCAUCAGAUGACACAUCAUAUUUUGCCUUUUUUGAUCUGCCUCUGUUUUCACAAUCAUCUCUGUGUCCUUUUCACUGCUCAGCUUGUGGCCGUGUGUGAAUUAAGCAUUCGUUUACGAUCCCCUGACAGCUGUAUAACACCCAAAAGCUUAAGAGACAUGAAAGAAAACAUACAGAGAAAGGAUUCAUAAUGUGCAAAGCUUCAUAAGUUGACUGAUCAAAUAAAAUCAGUUCAGGAGAGACUCAGGUUAAUUCAGUAUGAUCUUUACUUCUGUCUCCUUUUUGUCAGUCAUUGGAGAUUAGGGUGGGACCGUGGCCUGACACCCUGACAGAAAGGUUUUUAAAAAAGUAGGACGAAGUGGAUGCUUAAUUUAAUACCUUUUCUAACUUUUGACAGUGGAAAUGCAAAGUCAGGCUGAAAAUUUCAGUUUUCUUUCUCAAAAAUUUAGUGAGAACAGCCUCACUUAUUUGACCAAAAAGGUCCUUAGAUUUUAUCGACACUCUCUGCAGAUGAACACUCUUAGCUCGGUGUUUCAUCCCAGUGAGUGCAUAUUGUUUUAAAAAUGUGAAGCAACAGCUCUUGAUCACUCUCCUGUAGUCUGUAAACAAACGUGCAUCGCUUACAACAGUCAAAGUUCCACUAUUUAUUCUCACAUUUUUUUUCUCUGACCACACAGCCUAUAUCUCUCUGGGCUGAAGGACUACACUUACCCACGGGUAUCAAGGAGCUGUGGAGGGAAAGAGACCAUCAUAACCCGACCUAUGUACUUCAGUAAACUGAGGAAAAUAAGAGAAAGAACAGCCAGAGCAUGGAAAAGUCUCCCUCCUAAGGUUUGUGUGAAAUCAAAACUGGGGGAUAUCAAAUGAGUACAACUGUCACAUUUUUUCUAAAAAAGGGUAACUGCAUCUUCAAGUUCUUCUCUUUUCUUAAAAUUAGCAUCUAAAUCAAAACGAGAUGUCCUGUUUAUUGCGUAUACAUUUUGCUAAUCCCGCUCGCAACAGUUGCUAGCCUAGCAUUUGAUGUUCAAACAUGGUAAUUUCUUGAUUCAUAUUUUCAGGAUUAUGUGGGUGAAAAUGUUUUACCGGGAAAUUUGGAAGUACAGUUUAAAUGAACACAAGGUACAAAGAGAAGUCUCUAUGAAAGAGCGGAGCCUUGAACUUCUGAGAAAAAAAAUAUCACCUGGUAAGAGCCCCCAAAAAUAAGGUAAAUAAAAGCUGAAGUGAAAUAAAACAAAGAAAAAUCAGCCAGUUUUUGUGAAAUCCUCAGGCAUGGUUGUGACACGGGCUGUAAUUCACUGAUACCUUAAAGUCUGAUUUCAAACGAAGAAGAAACGUCAGCGUGGAUUUCCAGAACAGUCGUUAAUCCCCUCUGCAGGAAGCUCGCUCAUUAAACACAGCAGGGAACAGAUCCAAAACAAAUCUGCUAAUUCAAACAUUCGCUCCGACUUGUCUACAGGCUGCUGCAGAGUUUGAGUCAAAGACACAUCAUGAUACCGCGAUAGAAAUGACUGUUUGACUCAUGGCAGUUCAUUUGAAACUGAUUUACUGGGCCAUACCGCUGGUUUGACUUAUUUUGAAAUGCUCCCUUAAAGUCACACAGCCUUACACUUUUCUCCUCAAACUUAUGAAUGUGUGACUACUAUUUAUCAACAGUUCCUGGAUUGUGUUGUCCAUUACCGUCAACAGCAAACACACAAACAUGGAGAGCUUAUGUUAGGGAUAAAUUAAAGCAAACAGGUUACUAUAGCUGAUCUGAAUCAAAGUAAAAGGAACCCUGAUGUGAAAUAGUUCUACCCAUUGAAAUAAUCCAUUACAUUCAUAGUUGGAUGUGCUUAGGUAACUUAAACAUCUGAUAAAUGGAGGUUUUAAAAGUGAGAUUUUGCGUAUUUAACUCGUCUAAGCUUUGGUGUUUUUGCUGUUGCUGUGACAAACAAAGGAGAAGUAGACUUCGUGAGGAGAUUCUUUCACUGUUUUCUCUCAUUUUACAGAUCAAACACGAAAUUGAGGAAUCUACUUUGAGCCUUGGAGCUGAUGGAAUCCUAAUGAAAGAAGAACUUAAUUGAUCCCUCGAAGGAAAUUAAAUAUCACUGCACAUGAAAAAUGGCUGAUCAAUUAAAACAAACAACCCAAAAAA